AGGAAACUCGUUCCAGUGGAUACUUUGACUCCAGAAAAUGUUUUGUAUUGGAAAGCACUUUGUUUGUGAGUACAUUAAAUCCAAAGGUGAUGAAGGAGAGGCUGCACUAGAGCAAAUUUUACCAGAGCCAGCUGUGUAUGCGGAGUAUCUGUUACGUUAUCUUCAAACACUUCCUGUGCUAACGGAGGAAGAAAAAGCAGAUAUGACUAAAAUUGAAGACCUGAUGACUAAAGCAUUCAUUGGACAGCAGCUGAUUCAUAUAAUAGGCUGCCUGGAUACCAGUGAAGAGGGAGGAAGAAAACGUCUUCUUGCUGUAUUACAAGAGAUACUUAUCAUGCCCAAUGUUCCAACAUCAUUUAUAUCUCCUCUGGUGGAGAUACUACUCCGUGUUAUAAAGGAUGACGACCGUAGAAUUGUAACUGUAGCAGAAAUGAUUUCUGAGCUCCGAGAGCCAAUUGUCACGGUCGACAAUCCACCAGAUGUUGCAGAGUCCAGGAAACUACAAGUGAAGAUUGCUAAUAUAAAAGUGCAGCUUAUGGAAGCAAAGCAAGCUCUGGAGGAUUCUAUAAAUGCUCAAGAUUUUGGUAAAGCUUCUGAAAUUAAAGGAAAAGGUCUCAGAGUUGGAAACGGUGAAAGCACAGCUGAUUAAAGAAGCAGAAGAACCAGAACUCAAAGAAAUCCGUGUUGAAAAGAAUGACCCUGAAACACUUCUAAAGUGCUUGAUUAUGUGUAACGAACUCCUAAAGCACAUUUCCCUUUCUAAAGGACUUGGAGGAACGUUGAAUGAGAUAAUUCAAUCACUGAUACUUCCAGGAAUAACCAAUGUUCAUCCUUCUGUCAGGAACAUGGCAGUCUUGUGCAUUGGCUGCUGUGCCUUGCAGAGCAAAGACUUUGCAAAACAACACAUGACUCUGCUCCUGCAGAUAUCACAGCUGGACGAGGUCAAGGUGAGGACCAGUGCCUUGAACGCAGUGUUUGAUCUUCUUCUGCUUUUUGGACUUGAAAUUCUAAAGCCAAAGGAAGAUGCUAGUGAUAACCCCGAAAAUAAACCGGAAGAUGAAACCGAUGGAGCCCUUGAAUCUGAACAGUCUCACCUUGCAGAUAAAACUGAUGAAGUAGUAACACCUGAGACCUCUGCUUUGAAUUCCAUAUUAAAGAUGUUCUCUGAUUUCCUGGACAGUGAGGUUCCAGAAAUCAGGACAGAAACUGCUGAAGGUUUAGCCAAACUGAUGUUCUCAGGAAGAUUGAAAAGUGCUAAGCUCCUGUCACGUCUGAUACUUCUGUGGUACAAUCCAGUGACUGAAGAGGACACAAAACUGCGUCACUGCCUUGGUGUCUUCUUCCCAAUUUUUGCUUAUUCGUCUCGAAUAAAUCAGGAGUGCUUUGAAGAAGCUUUCCUGCCUACGCUACAGACCCUCUUUAACGCCCCAGCUUCCUCUCCACUUGCUGAUGUUGAUGUCUCCAAUGUUGCCGAACUGCUGGUUGAUCUAACAAGGCCAAGUGGAUUAAAAGCACAAAAGAAUAUUUCCCCAGAUUAUCAGAUUUCCACAGUACACGACAGCUUGGCUCUAAAAAUAUGCAAUGAAAUACUGAAAGAUCCUACAUCUCCAGAUGUUCGUAUAUAUGCAAAAUCUUUGUGCUCCCUUGAGCUGUCGAAAGAGUUUGCAACAGAGCUGCUGCCAGUUUUGGACAUAGCUCUAGAGGAUAUAACAGAUAAAGUGUGCGAGAGGGCAUUAGAAAAGGUCAAGAUGCAAUUAAGUAACAACAAGAAUUCCAAGGAGGAAGGUGCUGUCGCACAGGAAGCCACAAGUGUAGCGAAUGAUGAAGAAAACAUAGAAGCAAAACCAAAUGAAGAAAAUGAUGAUGUCUUUGAAGAACAAAAUGCUGACUCCUCAAAGAUGAAGUCUGUAAAAGGAAAACCCAGCAAAGGUCGCAAAAAGGCACCUUCUACAGGGACCAGGAAGAAGAGUAGCCGGGCUACCGAUCGAGGGGAUGGUGAUGGGGACAAAAAGGAAGAGACACAGACAUCUACAGUCAGUACAAGACCUUCAAGAAGAGCCAAAAGCAUUGCCAUGGAAAAAACUAAAAUGAAUCUCUCCAAACUUAUAAAUGAAGAGGCCAACGCACAGUAA